AUGAAACUAAUUUACCCUCAAAACCUAACUUCAGAUACAGUUGGAGGAAAGUUCUCAGUCAGUAAUACUUCCAUAGAGAGUUCUGGGCAUACUCCCACUAAACCGACGACCUAUUCACCUGAACUUUCUGGGGAUAAUGAAAGAGUUGAUAGACUAACUUGCUUCUGUUCUAAAGAGGCAUCUAAUUCGAAACACACCUGCCCCUGCUUUUCUGCGUGUUCCCCUUCUUCUAUGGAUCCUCAGAAGCAGAAGAACAAACGUGUCCGUUUUACAACAGUUAAAGUGUACUACUUUGCUCGUACUCAAGGCAUUUCAACUGUGCCGAAAAGCGGUGAAGUAUCUCUGGGAAUGGUUGAUAAACAUUUCACUGAGCGACAAUUUUCACUGUGGCUUGGUCAUCGCCCAGAGUUGAAACUCACAAACGAAAGUGAAGUUAGUUCCUUAGAUACCACCAUAGAUAGAUAUUACAUUAAUAAGGAGGCCCGUAUAAAAAUGCUAAAACGGUCAGGGGUUCAGGUUCGGAAGGUAAAAAGCUUGGAAUCUAUCCGUAAAUCACGCAUACUAUGCGGCUGCCAUUGUGAGAAUGGUGUUUGUCUCUCGGAUACAUGUCAAUGUGCUUUAGAAGGCAUCGUAUGUCAGGUGGAUGGUGUUGACGAAUUCGGAAUGACACAUCCUUGCUGGUGUAAUGCAAUGAGUUGUUCUAACCCAUGUGGGAGGACAGAGUUUGAUCCCGAGCACGUCAAAAACCACUAUCAUAUGACAAUGAUGCGUUUAAAACAUGCAGAAAAAUCGGUACUUUGUUGUUUUUGGUCUAAUAUGUUUCAAAAAGGGGCGCCCAUGUACAUCACCGAGCGAGGUGAGGUAGAAAAUUUCUCCUUUUGGCACAGCACCCGAGAUACAUUGGGUGCAAUGCAUUUGCUGCGAAAAUAG